UUAAAUAGCGAGAGGUGUGAGGCAUAUAUGGCAAGAGCUAGAAGAAAACAAAGCAGAAAUAAUGCAAGUCUUGAUCGUUGUAUCCCUAGCCUUCGUCGCAGCAUGGGCCGUCUACUCCAGGUGGUCCGGCUCGCGGCGGCGGACAGGCGGCGAGUUCCCCCCGGGGCCGCCUGGUCUACCGAUCAUCGGCAACCUGCUCCAACUCGGCUCAAACCCCCACAAGUCCCUCGCCCACCUCGCCAAAACUUACGGCCCCCUCAUGUCCCUCAAGCUCGGGAAUCAGUUCGCCGUCGUCGCCUCGUCGCCGGAAAUGGCCAAGGAAAUACUGCAAAAGCAAGGCAAUGUUUUCUCGAAGCCCUUCAAUCCCAUCGCGGGAUGCGUGGUGAGACACGACGAGUUCUCGGUGAAAUAUCUGCCCGCAUCCUCCAAUCGAUGGAAAAUGCUAAGGAAAGUGCAGAGAGAGAGACUCUUCUCCCACACGGCUCUCGAGGCCACUCAAGAUAUCCGGCGAGAGAGGCUGCAGAAGCUCACCGACUACGUCACCGAGUGUAGCCGCGAAGGCCGCGCCAUGAACGUGGGAGAAGCCACCUUCACCACCAUGACCAACCUCAUGUUCGACACGCUUUUCUCGAUGGAACUCGGCGCCAAUCGGAAAUUCAGGGAGCAUGUUAACGCCAUCACUAGGAACUUCGGCGUUUCCAACGUUGCGGAUUUCUUCCCCAUCUGUGCCCCUUUGGAUCCGCAAGGGCUCAGACGAAAGCUCGCUUAUCACUUCGGGAGUUUGCUCGAGUUGGUGCAGACCCUCAUCGACCAGCGCUUGCAAGCACGAAGGGCCUCCGAUUACCAAAAAAAGAAUGAUUUUCUCGAAAUCCUCCUAGACCUCUCCCAAGGAAAUGAGUAUGAUUUGAGCAUUGACGAAAUUAAACAUCUGUUUGUGGACACGAUCAUCGCAGGGUCAGACACGAGCGCAGCCACGGCGGAAUGGGCAUUGGUGGAGUUACUCCUCCACCCGGACAAAUUGGGGAAGCUGAAAGCGGAGCUGAAGAGUGUGGUCGGAGAGAAAAGCAUGGUGGAGGAAUCCGACAUCGCGAGGCUGCCAUACUUGCGAGCCACCAUCAACGAAGUGUUCCGCUAUCACCCCGCGGCGCCGCUGUUAGCUCCUCACGUAGCGGAAGAGGAAGCGCGAGUGAACGAAUACAUAAUCCCCAAAAACGCAAAAAUAUAUGUCAACUUCUGGGCCAUCACUAGAGAUCCAAGCAUAUGGAAGAAUCCCGAGAGUUUCGAGCCAGAGCGAUUUCUGGAUAGCGAUACAGAUUUCAACGGCCAACAUUUUGAGCUGAUUCCGUUCAGUUCGGGGCGAAGGAUUUGCCCCGGCAUGCCGCUGGCUAGCCGCAUGCUGCAAUGCAUGGUGGCGACUCUGUGUCAUAAUUUCGAUUGGGAGCUUGAAAUAGGGACUGAAUCCAAACAACUCCAAAGACAAGAUGUGUUUGGGUUAGCACUGCAGAAGAAAAUCCCCCUCAAAGCUACUCCCAUCAAGGUUUUUUGAUGCUCAUUAUAUCAUACUAUGAUGAAUUAAUGAUGACUUAUAUGUACUUCACAGGUUCAAGUAAUAAAUUGGGCUUCACGUGCAUGUCGUGGCCCACAAGACAACCUGUAAAUAAGUAAUAAUUAAAAAUUUACUU